AUGAUAAUAGCUGUUGCCAAUAAUGAGGCGCAGAAACAGAAUGAGCUGCAAGACAGGUUCCAACAGGACCACCUUCGGCAGCAAGAUCACCUUCUCCAACAGCAGCACAAAAUUCAAGAGUUACAGACUCAAAUAUCGUCACAAUAUGCUUCUGGGAAGGGGUUGAACUUGGGAUCACCUCAAGCACUCAUGUUUCUUCCAUUCCUUGAUCAACUCCGAAAUUUGCAAAGCAAUUCAGGCCCAGUUGCACAGACAUCCAACACCAGUCGACCACCAUCAGGACCAAAUCUGGUUGGAGGUGGUUGGGGAAGUAGUAUGUUGAUGAGAGAAUCGUCUCCACCAUCAAUGGUAAUGGCACCAGAUCCUGACACACCCUUAAAUUUGAGCAAGCCUAAAGAAGGAGGACCUGUUCAGACAACUCAGAAACUCAUACCUCCAAACCUACUUAUGUCUAGAGCAUUCCUGCCAUAUGCAGGGCUCCCAUCACAUGUUAAAAGUUCAGGUAAGAUGGGCAUGGGUAGUUCUCCUGGUCGAGAAGGAGAAAAAAUGCAGCCAUAUCCAGGUUUGCAUUUAUACUCUCCUCACCAACCUCACCCAUUAGCAACACCUCUGAGAGAUGAAUCAAAAGAUGAUAAUGACUUCAUCACAGCAUAUCACAUGUGGGGUCAGGAUCCAUCGUUUAAACUGCAGGAUGAAUCAGGUGAUAAAGCUAAAAUGUUGAGACAACCAAAGAGAGAGGGAGAAAAUAAACCUCACAUAAAAAGGCCUAUGAAUGCAUUUAUGGUAUGGGCAAAAGAUGAAAGGAGAAAAAUUUUAAAAGCCUGUCCAGAUAUGCAUAAUUCAAAUAUUUCUAAAAUUUUGGGGGCUCGUUGGAAAGCCAUGACCAAUGCAGAAAAACAACCAUUUUAUGAAGAACAAUCACGCCUCUCCAAACUGCAUAUGGAAAAGCACCCAGAUUAUCGCUACAGGCCAAGGCCAAAGCGUACUUGUAUAGUAGAUGGCAAAAAGAUGCGCAUUUCAGAGUACAAAUCUCUAAUGAGACAACGCAGAAAUGAAAUGAGGCAACUUUGGUGUAGAAGUGAAGCUGGACCAUCAGGGAUGGCUGGUCCAAGCUUUGGAUUUCCUCCAGAGGGAUCUAUUUCCCCUUCAGAAGUACUUUCAUUUUCUCCAGGAAAUUCACCGACCUUCGAGACAAAUUCACCAAAUCAUAAUGAUGAUUAAACUGUGAUUUCUUAUAGACUGUAAAAAAAAUAAAAUAAUAAUAAAAAAAUGAAAAGUUAAAGUAAAAAAUAGGUAAAAAUCUGUUUUGAGAUCAAAUACCUCUAUAAAUAUAAACAGAAUUUUUUUUUCUAUCAGUAUCUAUGAAAGUUAGAAUAAUGUAUUCAGAUAUAUAUAAAUCUAUUUAAUAUUAAUUAAAAUAGAGAAAUAAAAUGUCUCUUAAAAAAAGCUAAGUCCAACCAUUUAAUGAAUUCUUUAUAAAAAGUUCUACAGCAAUGGUUUUCAACUAGUUAUUUGUAUUUUUCAUCAGAUUCGUUUCAAACCAUUAGAAGUUGCUUGAAUGGACAGAGAUGAAUUAACAUUUUUUACUUUUUUUUUAUAUGAUUUUAUUAACUGUUAGGUGAUAUUAAUUAUUGUUUUAUUCCUGUUACAGUGCAUGCAAAGUGUGUUUGAUAUUUAUAGAGGUAAACACAAUAAACAUAUCUAUCUGUAUCCAAGUUUUUUAAAAUAUAAAAUAUUUUUUAUGUUUUAUAACAACUCCCAGCUGUAACAUAGGCUGUAUAUUAGAUUUUACAAGUCAAAUCAUAAACUUGUGAAUAUUAAAUUAGCUAAGUUCAGUAUUAGAUUACUUAUAAAUUUAUUUAUGGUUCCUUAAAUGCAUGUCUUUCCAAUGUAUACAAAUUACGAACAAUAUACAUGGCGCACUUUUUCAAACUUUUUUUAUUAUUAUUUUUUAUUUUAUUUUUUUAUAUGUGUUAAUCGUGAAGAAUCUGUUAAAAGAUAAGAUGUACAUGUGUGAUAUAAAAAUGGUUUUCUUUGAAACAGAAAAUCCAAUGUAGUAUACAGUGCCAAAUCAAUGAGUAAUGAGCAAUAAUAACAUCCAACUAAAUUCUACUUAUGUUAAAUAUUCAGGGACCCAUCUUCAACCAUUUUAUAAGUUAUAUUAAUUAUAAUUUAUUAAUUUUAGAUAUUAUACUGAUUCAAUUAAUCUAUUUUUUAAUUAAAUUUGUGUUAAAAUAUCAUUUGUUUCCAUAUUUUUUCUGAUUUUCUGCUCAUUAUUAUUUUGAAAACUUUAUAUUGAUACAAUUUUUAAUCAUGAUAGUUCGUAAUUUUAUUAUGUAUAAAUUUUAAUUUGAACUUUUUAUUUUAAAAUGCAAGUUAUUAAUACCUGUAAAUGAAUUUAUUAACAAUAAUAUUAUAUUUUUCUAAUUUUAAAUGAUAGCUUUCGCUCUAUAAUUGCUAUCUCUUGAUAUUUUUCAUGAGAAAUAAAUUGCUCAUAUUGCUUUUUAUCUCUUUCAGAGCUGAGGAUAAUUCAUUCAUUUUCUUAAUAAUUUCUACUGAAAAAAUAUUUAAUUUUUACAUUUUUAUGAUAUUAUUCUCUGGAUCUGUUUUGAAGAAUGAUCAUACUGUUUCAACGAUUAGAUAAUCUGUGAAAUAAGCAACAAAUCUAAGUUAUUGUAAAUAUUUUAUAACUUAUUAUGGACAUUGAUUUAUUUACAAAUACUGUAUAUAUCUAAAUAAUUAGAAAAACUGAAACAAAAAAAAAGAAAAAAAAAAGGUAGCUAUCAUUGUAUUUAUAUAAUUCAAAUAAAUAAAUCAAAAUGAUUUAACUUUAAUAAAAACAUUAUAUUCCAUAAAAUAUUUCAAGAAAAUACUCUACAACAAAAAGUGCGUUGAAGGGCAUCAGGAAGGAGCAUAUUUAGAGUUCUUUCAAAAUUAUUUUGUAAAAAUGAUCUCCAAAUCAUGUUAUGAAUUUUAAAUUGAUAUAAUUUAAAAAAUAAAAAUUAACACACUCAUUCCUCUUACUAAUUUAAGAUAUUCAUCUGUUAUAAUUAUUAGUUAAAUUUUAUUACAUUCAAAAUAUUGUGUAUUCUGCAAAAUAACUGCUGUUUAAUAAUUAUACAUGUUGUUAUUACUAGAAGGUGAUUUUUAGAAUUUUAGAAAUGUGUGAUUUUAUAUUGUAUAUAUUCUUUAGUUCCCUGUUGUGUCUUUAUGUGUAUACAUAAUGUAAAAUAGUUAAAUAAAUAUUAUUUAUUGCAUCAUAAUAUAUAAGUAAUAUUUGCUGAUAAAAAUAUAAAUAAUAGAAAAGUGGAAGUGGUUAGUAGGUUAAUACAGUUCUCACAUUAGGCCAGUACAAAAUAGAAUUUUCAAGAAUUGUAAGAAUUAGAGGCUGUACUGGAUGCCUAUAAGAUUUUUAUUUUUAUUUUUUUUAACCUAUUAGUGAACCAAAGUAAAUAAAUAAAUAUUGUAUUUUUUUAACAUAAGUAUUUUACAGUAAUUACGUUUUGCCUUCACUGUUGUACUCAUUUUUCUUUACAUAUAAUUUAUGACUAUUAUCUUUAUAAUUUUAUUAUUAAAAUAUAUAUUAUUUACUUCCAUUCAUUAAAUUUUAUUUAUUUCAUCAUUUCUUAGCAAUGAUUGAAAAUGAGUACAAUAUUUGAAGGAAAAUAAUAUUAUUAGUAGAAUUUUCAUUAUAGACUGUAUGCUUAAAUAUGAUACUAUCUUCAGGUGAAGGUAUGUUAUAGGACCUAAGAACUAAAACUGCAUACACACCACUUUCAUUAUAUUCCUUAUAUAUUCUUUUUAUAUUGUUAAUAAAUUGUAAUAUAUAGGCAUAUGGAUUAGUAGUUUUUUCGGGGUAGUAAUAUGUUAUGUGCCAUUGUUAUUUUUUAAUGACAUGUGCAGGGUCAGCUAUUAAUUUUUAUACAUUUGUCAAACUUAAGUAUGCUACUAAAUAUUGAUUCAUUAAUAAAAGAUUUACAAUGGAAAAAAUGGAACUGACUGUACUUAUAAUUCUAAAAUAUAUCAAGUUAAUUAUAUGCAUUUAAUGUUUAUAAAAUACUUUAUGAUUCAUCAAUAUUCUCAUAUUUACUCUUAAGUCUGUUUUUCUUAAUGAUAAAAUGUAAGGGACCAAAUAUUGAGAUAACUGAGAUGACAGUUAAAAAUUAUAAUCAUCAGUUCAGCAUAUUAUAUUUGCUGGAAGCAUUUGAUUUAUUAUUACAUUUUAACAUUAUUUUCAUAUCCCCCGAUAAAAAUUCAUGUCAACUUUAGUAUACUUAAGAUCCAUAACUAUUAAUUGUAAAUAUUUAUAAUGGUCUCAUGCAUUUAUUAAAUUAAAACAUAAUCAACUGCUGAUUCAUUAAGAACAAUGUAAUACCAAAAUAAAAAAAUAAGAUUCUGGAAGUAUUACAUUUUGUUGGUAUUCAUGGAGAUUCAAUCUUGAACCACUGCUUUGUUACUAAAUUAGGUGACAAAUCUUUAAUUUUGAUUUAUACCUCUGAACUAAUACAUUAUUAUAAAUGUUAAAAUUUAGAUUCAUUGGAUCCUGUUAUAUGUAUAAAUAUUUUUGAAUAGAAAUUCAAAAUAAUUGAAAAUUCAUGUGAUGGAAAAACUGAUUAAGAAAAAUUAAGAAUUUAUUAAUUCAAUAGUUACUUUAUGAGUUAUUGCUGACCCUGAGCAUGUAUAAUAUUCUUUGUAAUAUUAAUUAUUUUUGAGGAGCUGCUUUAUAACGUUAUUUAUUGCAUUGUUGGCAUUUCAUCUGUAAGGCUUUUAUAUUAAAGGCUCCAAAUUUCUCAUGUAUAUUACAAUUGAUGUAUUCAACUUUAUUAUAAAAU